AUGGGCAGCUCAACGCCUCCGUCCCAGUCUGGUAGUGGAACGCCAGCGGCGAAGCCGACUGUUGUCUUGGUGGCCCUAUGGGGCGUCAGUCACUUUGCGCCCAUGGUCGAGGUCGGCAAGCGACUACUCGCCCUCAGCGGCCGCUCCCUCACCGUCAAUGUGCUCGUAGUGCCGUCGCCGACGGGGAAGUGGGAGGCCGAGAUCUUCGAGCGCAUACGCCGAGACGAAGCCAGCGGCCUGAACAUCCGCUUCCACCACCUCCGUGCCGCGGAGCCCCCGACCGACCACACCGGCAUCGAGGAGUUCGUCUCCCGCUACGUGCAGCUGUACGUGCCCCAAGUCAAGGCGAUCGUGUCCGGCUUGACAUGCCCGGUGGCCGCGGUCGUGGUCGACAUCUUCUGCACAACGCUCCUCGACGCGCCCCAGGAGCUGGGCGUGCCGGCCUACGUCUUCCUCAUCAGCAGCGCCGCGAUGGCCGCGGUCUUGCUGCGCUCCCCGUCGCUCGACGAGGAGGUGGGCCCCGGGGUCGAGUUCGAGGAGUUGGAGGGCGGGUUGGACGUGCCUGGGCUCCCGCCGGUGCCGGCGUCCUGCCUCCCGACGGGACUGGACAACAGGAAGAUCUCGACAUACGAGUGGUUCCUGUACAAUGGCAGGCGCUACAUGGAGACCAACGGCAUCAUGGUCAACGCCAUUGCCGAGCUUGAGCCAAGCGUUCUUGCAGCUAUUACAGGCGGGAGAUGCACGCGCGGGGUCCGGCCCCCGACGGUAUAUACGAUCGGCCCGGUGGUCGCCAUCGCGCCACGGAUCAAGCUGGUCAACGAGUGCCUGCGGUGGCUCGACUCACAGCCAACAGCCUCCGUGUUGUUCCUAUGCUUCGGAGGCGGCGGCGGCUACUUCAGCACGCACCAGGUGCACGAGAUAGCACGGGGCCUGGAGCGCAGUGGCCACCGCUUCCUUUGGGUGUUGCGUGGACAGCCGGAGCCCCCCGGCAGCAAGCUGCCCACGGACGCAAACCUCGCGGAGCUGCUACCGGCGGGUUUCUUGGAGAAGACAAAGGAGAGAGGGCUGGUGUGGCCCACGAGGGCGCCACAGAAGGAGAUACUAGCCCACGCCGCUGUGGGUGGCUUCGUCACGCACUGCGGCUGGAGCUCGAUCGUCGAGAGCCUGUGGUUUGGCGUGCCAACUCUGCCGUGGCCGCACGCCGCCGAACAGCACUUCAACGCGUUCACGCUUGUGGCAGAUAUGGGCGUCGCCGAGGAGAUGAAGGUGGACAAGAAGAGAAACAAUUUCGUUGAGGCUGCCGAGCUGGAGCGAGCGGUUAAAGCUCUCAUGGACGACGGCGAGACGGCGAGGAAGAUUAGGAACAAAUCCAUGGACAUGAAAGCUGCGUGCCGCAAGGCCGUGGAGCACGGCGGAUCGUCGGUCGUCUGCCUGGAGAGGCUGUAUGAUGCGCUUAUCCAAGGCGCUGUGGACCCGAAAGAGUGA